AUGCCGCCGCCUCUGCUCUCACUCCGGCAGCUCGGUGGCGGUUGGUCGGCGGUUAGCGCGGCUGGUGGUCGCGGCGGCCGGGCUCGCUCUCGGGGAGGCUGCGGGGUCUCGCGGCGCAGGCCGGGGAGGGGUCUCGCGGCGGAGGCGGCUCGAGCGGUCGGGCUGCGCGCUCGCUCUGGGGCUCCUCGCUGGAUCUUACUGCCCCAAAAAUGGCCCCGCACAAGUUUUUCUAGGCGGCGCACGGGCCGGGGAGGGAAGGGCGGGCGAGGGAAGAGGGUGGGGAAAGUUGGCUUCCGAGCGGGGCCGCGAGGCUCAUUAGCAUUUAAAGGCGCCCGAUGCCCUUUCCCAACCUAUGCGUCCGCCCGGGACUGGAGCGCAGCCGCCGAGAUGGGGAGCGAAGGAAAGCCAGGAUUAUGUGAGGUUACCAGCUCUGGAAAGUAAUCGAACAUUCAUUCA